UUAUUUUUGGCUUGUUAUGUUUCCAAUCAAGCUUUGACAAGCCGGGGGUAUAGAUAUGAUAUAGAUAUAGCAUCUACAUACUAACAUAUCCAAUUCUAGAUCUAGAUCUAGCAAACUUGCAACCUUUGAAUUAAUAAUGGGUUGUAUACUGUCUUGUUUGAAGAAAAAUAACGGGCAAAUGCCUUUGGAAGAAACAACAGAAGAACCCAAAGUUUAUUCUUGGGAUAAACGUGACAGGUCAAGAGCCAGUGAUUUUAUCAUUGAUGGCAAAAAAGGAGAAACAGUUAUUAAACAUGUUGGCUCUGUGAAUGGUGAACAAAUAGUAAUACAGAAUUGUCAGGACUCAAGUAUCUAUGUGUUUGAUCAUAUUGCAACAGUUAAUGUAGAUGACUGUAUCAACUGUAGCAUCUUUCUUGGGCCAAUCAAGUCAAGUGUCUUUAUCCGUGACUGUAAACAGUGCAGGGUAGUAGUAGCAUGCCAGCAGUUUAGAACCAGGGACUGCUUUCAGAUAGACACUUUCUUGCUGUGUGGUACGCAGCCAAUCAUUGAAUCCUCCAGCCGCAUGAAGUUUGCCUGUUACAGAUAUUACUACUCACAACUGGACUCUCACUUCAAGUCAGCUGGACUGAGUAUCUUCAAUAAUAAUUGGUCUAAUAUUCAUGACUUUACACCAGUUCCAGGAGAGGACCUCAAUUUCUCCUAUUUACCAGUGGAUUCAAAAGUAGAGGACUUUGUCCCAGUUCCACAGGGGGAAGAGAUUGAAUCAAUGCAGAUCAAAACUGAUGAGAACAAUAGUGUGGUCCCAAUGACCUGGGGCAAGAGGACAAAACUUAGCAGAGAGUCCUGUCUGCUUGUGUUUUUCAAUGAUGGCGGCUCCAGUGAAAGAGCUUUAAAGUUCCUUCAUUCCAUCAAAUCCCAUGAUGCUAAUUGUAUACUUGUUCAAACAAAAGAAGUCUCCAUGGGCCCAGAGGAUGCUAGAAGAGUUUUCGGAUCUGAUUCUUAUGUGAAGGCUGUACAGCAAGGUCCAGUCAUUGGCAUUCAGAUGAAUGGAGACAAUUGUGUGUCACUCUGUCAGUCUGUGAUCUUGGAAUUAAUGAAAGGAACAACUGGACUUGUAUUUGUCAGUCAAUCUGUCGCAGCUGCUGAGACUCAGAUUGAUAAUUUCUACAGCUUUGCUGAGAUGCAAAUGGGAAUAUAGAGGAGUGCAAUAAAGACAAUUAUAAGGUUAUUCUCCUUGAUGGAUAAAGGAAUCUGUAAGACUUUUUUUUUUUGUCGAAGUCAACCAAAAUUGUUUAAAAGUGCUGCUUUUUUUAUAAGCUUUUCUGGACUUCAUUUAACCAGCAUUGGUCUUAGCCUUGUGUCUAGUGUUGACAUUAUACUUCAAGUACAUCAUGAUCUUUGUAUUGUCUUGUGGACAGAUUGCUUUUAUCAUGAUCUCUAUUUGAAAUUGUUGGCUAUUUGUUAUCUUAUAGGAGUCAUUGGCGCACUGAACUUAUACAUUGUAUCCAAAAAACAUCUAGUAUAUAGUACUAUCAUCAACAAACUUUCUGAUGGAAAAGUCGAUUUCUUAAAAGAGGAUCAAUGUAGUGUACAAUAUACUUAUAUUCAAAGGAUCAAAAUUGUUUAAAAUGUCAGAAGCAAUCAACAGAAUUUCAUCUCUGAUUUUUUGACAGAAACUACUUUGUACAUAAUCACCAAAUUCAUUUACAAAAAAAAAAAAAAGCAACUGCUUACUUUAUUCUUUGACAAUAAUAUCAGAGGGCCAUUGUAGUAUAUAUGCUUGUUAAUAUGUGACAAUAAUUUAAUCUGAUCUGGAUGUUUGGUCAUAUGUAGACAUGUUUUUAAUAGUUUAGCAUUCAGAUGACUUUUGUUAACGUUAACAAGCAAGUAAAAUAAUGUCUAUUGAUAAUAUCUAUAGCAUCAUAUCUCGAGUGUUACCUUUUAGUACAGCAAUUUCAGAAUGUUAUUCUCUCCCUUUCUAAAUAACUCUUAGUUUUACAUUGGACUGAACCAUGGAUUGUUUUCAUUUUAAUAGCAAAUGAUAGUCAUUUUGAUUUGCUUCACUUUAAAGACUCUUCCUCAUUACCGGUACCCCUUUCUAAAUAACUCUUAGUUUUACAUUGGACUGAACCAUGGAUUGUUUUCAUUUUAAUAGCAAAUGAUAGUCAUUUUGAUUUGCUUCACUUUAAAGACUCUUCCUCAUUACCGGCACCCAUGUGAAAAUGUCAAGAUAUAAUCUGGUGUGAAUCUCAUUAUGUAAGAAUCUUCAAUCAUGCCACUUCAGAGAAAUGAAUUUUCAUAUACCAAAAGUUUAAUUUUUCAUUUGAUGUUUUUGUAAGGUUUUUUUUUUUGUUUUAUUCUUACCCAGACUUGUACAGAAAUGUAAAUAUUCAAACAAAAAAAAAUUCAUUUUCUGACUUGUGUGUUUGUGACAUUAACUUUAAGAUUUGUUCCAAAUACUUUAUAGUUUAAACUUUUUAAUAAUUCAGUUGUUUUUUUUCAAAGUUGUUCCCAAUUUAGAUUUGUAACCUAUUGUUAAGUUAAAUUUAUGUAUUGGCUUGUUUGCUGUUGAUUAGUAGUUUCAAUUGUGUAUUGAUUUGUUUAUUUUCAAUUAUGUAUUGCGUUAUUCAAUGUAUUUAGUGUUGGUCUGAGUGGGCUAUGAAAAAUGCUUUAAUUAUGUUUUUAAUGAAUGACAAAUUCUAGUUUUAUAAACACUUUUUUUUUAUUUAUUUAUUGCCAAAUUAUUUUUCCAUUAUUUUAUUAACCAUUUUGUAAAAUAAUCUUUAUUAGUUUUAUGUAUUAAAGUUCUGAGGCAAAUGGUAUUUGAUAUAAGCUUCAGCCAAUUUUACUAUGAUUAUUUAUGAUACAAACUCCACUUUAAUUUUGUGGACUAUUAUUAUACUAUUAUUUUAUUUUUAUGAAUAAAAAAGAUCUGUUGCUUUUUUUCUAUUAGGUGAUGAAGACAGCCUACAAGUAGAGCCAUUGUCUGUUUGAUUCUUUCAAGAAAAUGUUGAAAUGUCUAGUUUCUGAAGUAGGAUUUUUUGUGUGUGUUGAAUAUGCACGCACAUUAAUGUAUUGCUGUAAUUAAAAUGUUUCACUAAAACGUACAUUCCAUUUUAUUAACACUGAAUUUAUUUAUAAAACAUUGACUUUUUUUUCUUAUUAUGCUUUAUGACUUAUUUUUCAACUGGCCUGUCACUUGGUGGCAAUAACUAUUGGUAGUAUUGGUGAAGCAGAUCUAAGUGUGUAGUUCAAUGCUUGUAUGAUUGUUUCAAUCAUACAAGCUUUGUAGGGUAAUAAAAGGCAUUUUUGUUUUUUGCUUCUUUCCAUUCCAAAUGACAUUUCUGCUCAAUCUAGUCACAAUAGAGAAUCUAAGGAUGAACAGAUGGCCCUACCAAUAUACUGUGACCUUGACUACAGUUCCAUCUUGAUGUUAUCUAAAUUAUACUUUUCUAAUGGCUUUAAACUCUCCCUUCAUUGUGUCGAGUUAGGUUGAAGCAUGUGUAUACAUUGGUCAUUUAGGAUUAUCACUUUUUAUUGUAAUUCAUUUGAUUUCUCUGAACAUUGUUGUGGAUUUUAUUUUUGCUUGAAAAUUCAAAUCUGUACGCAUAUACUUUUGAAUUCAAAUCUCUUUCUGUACAUCUCUAUCUCUAAAUUAAAAUCUUUGUCUAUACCUCUGAAUUUAAAUCUCUGACUUGGCGCCAUAUCUCUGAAUUUAAAUCACUGUCAUGACGCCUCUUUAAGACUUUGAUUAUUCAUUAGUUACAUUGAAAUGAGCUGCACAUCUUGGACACUAAUAGUCAAUUUUCAUUUCUUGUCAUUAGGAAGCAUUGUCUAAUUAAUAUUGUUUUCAUUAAAUAUCAGAAUGUUAAAGAAAAUUGAAAUGCAAAUUCCAGUUGGUUAUUAUGAAUUGAAACUUGGAACUAAAGAAACAAAUGAAUGUCACUUCAUUGGCAUUGAGGGAUGGGAAUAGCUUAAAAAUGUGAUAAUGCUCAACUAUAAGUCUAGGUAUUUUAUUUUAAAAGUAUAUUAAUGUAUUGUUUUCAGUUUGUUCAAAACUCACUGUUAUCUACAAUUGAAACAAUCCAUCCAAUUAUCUGUUGUUUUUUUUUUUUGUGAAUUUGCUUUCUUUUGUUUUAUUUUUACAAUUGUUUUAGUUUAUUGGCAUGUCUCAGUAGUUUUCUUUUGAUACAUAUUUAUAAUUGUGAUUAUCAUUCAUUCUAAUUAUAUAUUAUUUCAAUGUUUGUACUGUUCUAUGCAUUGUUUCUAUAGAAACAAUUACAGUAAAACGAUGACUUCA